AUGGCCAUCUGUCGGAGCCCCGUGCUAUGUGUCAUACUCCUGACGACUCUGUCAACGACUGUGCGAGGAGCGAGAGAGUGUAUCUUUAUGACACACCGCCCUUACCGAUCCACCGUCUCCACCACCUCAUCUGGACAACCUUCCUCCUGGGAAAACAAUUUCUCCAAAGACAUCUCGCGUGGCAGAAGUCAGAUCGACUGCGCGGUCCAAUGUGGUUUGAGCGACGCCUGUCUGGGUGUGCGAUGGGCGGUGGAGAAGAAGGAGUGUCAUCUUUACAGACUGUGUAAUAAUAAUUCUGAUGACGUCUGCGAGGAGCCAGAUCUGGGAGGAAAUUCGGGCACCCCCAGAUUUUUAAUGAAAGUCAGACCAAAGAUAAAUCCAUGUAGGAACAACGGGAGCUGGGAGGUGGAGGUGGAUGCUGGAGGUGGGGGCGGUGGGGGUGGCGGCAGGUGUUCCUGUAGAGAUGGGUGGGUGGGCACGUGGUGCGGCAGACGACCCAGCAGCUGCGGAGAGCUGAAGAGAUACAGGUACCCCAACGGUUUUUACAGCUUGCUGUCCAUCCAGUUACCGCGCCACCCCGGACCCAUCAUCCAGGUCAGGUGUGAUUUGUUGGACUUCCAAGCGUACACGUUUAUUUUUAAAAACAGAGGAACGACAAGCAAAAAUCUUUCAUGGACGGAAUACGUGGAUGGAUUUUAUCAGGACGAGAUGAACUUUUGGUUCGGUUUGGAAAACAUGCACAAAUUCACGGACAGCGGACACAAUUAUGUGUACCUAGAGUACGUCUUCACGUAUGACUGGAAUUAUAACGCUGACAUAUAUAAGUACAGCGGCUUCAAAAUCGGGGACGCAAGCUCUUCUUACUCAGUCUCCGUGGAAGGAAGCGAAUUCAGCCUAGUUGGUGAGUACAACAAAACGUCUCGCGCUCGUUUUAGGGAUUGCAUCAGAUUCAUCAACGGCACCCGUUUCUCCACUGUCGACAAAGACAACGACGACAACCGCCUGCAAUCUUGCGCCUCGAUUAGGCAGACGGGCUGGUGGUUCAAAAGUGUCUGCAACCUUUCCUGUAACCUGCUCGGGCUGACUUACAAGGUCACCGAUUUGAAUUUCAAUCAGGACAGUCACAUAGGCGCCGUGCUCUCUGGUUCUGAAGCAAUGAAUAACUAUCCUGGCUUAACGGAACUUAAGAAACACCUGGGUGCAGUUGUCAUGUACUUUGUGGAAUUCUGGUGAACGGAAAGUCAUCUCUACACUUGAGUCAGUGACUCACAAUAUUACAUUGAUAUAUGGUCGUUUUUAAGGACAAGUGG